UCUAUCUCUAAAAGAGGGUUCGCAUUACACACACGGCGUGAUCCCAAAGCCCAGCUUCAAGAGGCAGUAGGGUUUUCUCUUGUCUUUCCUCUUUCGGUCACUACUUCAAAAUCAAAAGAAAGAACUCUAAAUUUUGUCUCUCACGAAUUACAUUGGAAUGAAGUGACUGGUUUUUGUGAUUACAGUAUUGGACUUGGGGGGAAUGGAAAAGAAACCCUAAUUUCAUUAUUUGAUUAGAGAUCUUUUUAUAUAGGCGAAGAUAAAUUGAAAGAUGGCAGAACUAGGGCAAAACACUGUUGAAUUCUCGACAUUAGUACGUCGAGCAGCUGAAGAUUCAUUUCUUUCAUUGAAUGAUUUAGUUGCUAAUUCGAAGAGUUCUGAACAAUCUGAUUCUGAAAAGAAGAUUAGUCUUCUUAAAUACUUAGUUAAAACUCGACAACGUAUGCUUCGUCUUCAUGUUCUUGCUAAAUGGUGUCAACAAGUUCCAUUAGUACAGUAUUGUCAGCAGCUUGGAUCUACUCUUUCAAGUCAUGACACAUGCUUCACUCAAACCGCUGACUCCAUGUUUUUCAUGCACGAGGGGCUGCAGCAAGCCCGUGCUCCUACAUAUGAUGUCCCUUCUGCCAUCGAAAUUCUUCUCAGUGGAAAUUAUUUGAAGUUACCAAAAUGUAUUGAAGACGUGGGUAGUCAGAGUCCACUAGCUGACGAGCAGCAAAAGUCAGCUUUAAAGAAAUUGGAUACACUUUUGCGAUCUAAACUACUUGAAGUGGCACUACCCAAAGAGAUUUCUGAAGUCAAAGUUUCCGACGGUACUGCAAUUGUACGUGUGGAUGGUGAAUUUAAGGUUCUUAUGACUCUUGGUUACCGAGGUCAUCUAUCUAUGUGGAGAAUCCUGCAUCUGGAGUUGCUUGUUGGGGAGAGAAGUGGACUUGUAAAACUUGAAGAAUCACGGAGACACGUUCUUGGUGAUGACCUGGAGCGCAGAAUGGCUGCAGCGGACAACCCAUUUGUAAUUCUCUACUCAAUUCUCCACGAGCUUUGUGUUGCGCUCAUUAUGGAUACUGUGAUAAGGCAAGUACAGGGACUUCGUCAAGGUAGAUGGAAGGACGCAAUCCGCUUUGAGCUAAUAUCCUCUGAUGUUAAUACGGGGCAAGGCAAUGCUGGUUCUUCGCAGAUGGGUCAGGAAGGGGAAGCUGACUCAGCUGGUCUUAAAACUCCCGGUUUGAAAAUCUUAUACUGGUUAGAUUUCGAUAAAAACACCGGAGGCUCUGAUCCCGGGUGCCCAUUUGUUAAAAUUGAACCUGGGCAAGAUCUGCAGAUAAAGUGUAUUCAUAGUACAUUCGUCAUAGAUCCAGAAACUGGCAAGGAGGGUGAAUUAUCACUUGAUCUUAGUUGCAUAGAUGUUGAGAGAUUGCUUCUAAGAGCUAUAUCUUGUAAUAGAUACACUCGUCUGCUUGAUAUCCAUAAAGAGCUAGGCAAAAAACUUCAGAUCUCGCAGGCUGCAAAUGAUGUUCUCCUUCAUUGUCAUGGGGAUAAAUCUGACAUAGACAUAAAAAAGAAAGAUAGUAAGUCCAGCUCAAGAGAACAUGGCGGCAACGACGUGUUAUUUGUUCGGGCCUAUGGCUCAUCAUAUAUCACCCUCGGGAUUAAUAUCAGGAAUGGCCGAUUUUUUCUUCAAUCAUCCAGAAAUAUUCUUGCUCCAUCUGUGCUGGUAGAGUGUGAAGACGCAUUAAACCAAGGCGGUAUGACUGCAGCUGAAGUAGUUAUAAACUUGAGGAUCAAAAGUAUAUUGCAUUUAUUUGCAUCAACAGGGAGGUUCUUAGGCCUCAAGGUUUACGAACAAGGUAUGGCAACAGCUAAGGUUCCCAAGUACAUUUUGAAUGGAUCAGGAUUGUUGCUCAUGGGAUUCCCUCAGUGUGGGAGCUCGUAUUAUUUGGUGUUGGAACUUGACAAGGACUUUAAACCUCUCUUUAGUCUGCUGGAGACCCAGCCAGAAACUAGUGGAAAAUCUCAUUCUGUUAGUGAAUUUAACCAUGUAAUUCGCUUCAGUAGAAUUGACAUCAGUCAGAUGCAAAUGCUUGAAGAUGAUUUGAAUCUGAGUCUUCUCGACUGGGAAAAGCUAAAGUCAUAUUUGCCUAACGUUGGUGGUCCAAAUCAGACUUCAGAACAUGGGCUUCUGAAUGAGUUUGGUCUAGAUGGUUCUAUUCAGAUUUCUAGAUCUCCACUGUCAUGUUUUUCAUCCGUGGUUGAUGACGUAUUUGAGCUUGAGAAAGGGAUAUCUUUGCCUCCUUUGCCCAGCCAGAACAGUCUUUCAUCAUCGUUUGACACAUCCUCUGUUUCUCAAAUUGGUUCUGUUCAAAAUAGUCACCAGUGGGUAAAAGCAGGGAUCACCUCGCCUAAGUGGGAUGGAGGUCUGCUACAUCCGCAGGUUCAUAGCUUCACAAAGGGUUCUAUAGGUGGUUCCCAUUUCAAUAAUCCUUCAUAUCAGCCAAAUAAUUUGAAGUUAAUUCAAUCCAGCUCUGUCAGUUCUCUCUCUUCUAGCCCUGGAAGAAACCAGAGACUAACUACCUCAAAAUCUGAUCAAGAUCUGACCUCUCUUCGUUCUCCACAUUCAGUUGAAAUAAGCUCUUCGAUGGAUAAAGAUCACGCGAGAUUGCUGAACGAGUCUUCAAAAGAGUUAAUUUCUGGGAACCGAUCAUCUCGUAUGUUAUCUCCACUCCGACAACUUGGGACCCGGGUUUCUGCCUGUAGUACGAAGCCAAAUGGGAUGAUCAGGGUGCCACCUUCUGUCCAUGUAACAGACUCUAGUGCUGCUGGAAGUGGUUCGUUGACCCCAACCCCCAUAUGUCAAGCACCAGAAACUGGGGUUUCUUGUAGCACAGUUCCUGAUAUUGUUCCUAAACAUGAUAAAAAUCUUCGAAAGCGUUCAAUUGACGAUUUGCUAAAACUGAUCCCAUCUCUCCAAGGGGAAGAAGUCAGUGCAGCGGUCGUUUCAAAGAGAAGGAAGAUCUCGGACCCGGUGCGUCAUCUCCCUUCAUCACAAGCUGUCUGUUCAUCAGAUGUGAUUGGGCAAUCUGAGGUCUAUAACUAUGGGAACCUUAUAGCUGAAGCAAAUAAAGGGAGUGUACCUUCCAGUAUAUAUGUUACCGCCCUUUUACAUGUGGUCAGGCACUGUUCACUUUGUAUUAAGCACGCCCGGUUAACUAGCCAGAUGGAUGCUCUUGACAUAACUUAUGUGGAAGAAUCAGGUUUGCAAGCUCCAUCCUCGAACAUAUGGUUCCGACUGCCAUUUGCUAGGGAACAUUCAUGGGAAAAUAUAUGCUUACGGCUUGGCAGACCUGGAACUAUGUACUGGGAUGUUAAAAUAAAUGAUCAACACUUUAGGGACCUGUGGGAACUUCAAAAGGGAAGCACAGUGACACCGUGGGGUUGUGGUGUUCGUAUUGCCACAACAUCUGAUGUUGAUUCUCAUAUUCGUUACGACCCCGAAGGAGUUGUUCUGAGUUACAAGUCUGUCGAGUCUGAUAGCAUUAAUAAACUAGUGGCAGACUUGCGGAGACUUUCAAAUGCAAGAUUAUUUGCCCUUGGUAUGCGGAAGCUGCUCGGUGUAAAGACAGAUGAUAAGCUAGAAGAAUGCAGUACAAACACGGAAAGCAAAGUACAUGUUGGGUCAAAAGGUGCUGUUGAGGUGGUCGAUAAGAUGUCAGAGCAGAUGAGGAAGGCAUUCAGAAUUGAAGCAGUCGGUCUAAUGAGUUUGUGGUUUAGUUUUGGUCCUGGAGUAGUGGCUCGUUUUGUUGUGGAGUGGGAAUCAGGUAAAGAUGGCUGUACGAUGCAUAUAUCUCCCGACCAACUUUGGCCUCACACCAAGUUUCUUGAAGAUUUCAUCAAUGGUGGUGAGGUGGCAUCUCUUUUGGACUGUGUUAGGCUGACUGCAGGACCCUUACUUGCUCUUGCAGCCGCAACUCGACCUGCACGAGCUGGUACUGCUUCUGUGGCCCCUAAUGGAACAGCUGGGUCCUCAGCUACUACCAAACAAAAUGCUUUUGCACCAACACAAGGACCGUUGCCAAGUGGUUCAUCAGCAAAUGUUAUUCCGACUCCUACUUCAGGAAAUCCUCUCUUAAAUAACGCCGGUGGUCCUCUUGGGAGUCACACACUGCAUAAUGCUGCUAUGUUAGCAGUGGCUGGAAGAGGUGGACCAGGAAUUGUUCCUAGCUCCCUUUUGCCUAUUGAUGUCUCUGUUGUACUGAGGGGGCCUUACUGGAUUCGCAUCAUAUAUCGUAAACAUUUCUCAGUCGACAUGCGUUGCUUUUCUGGUGAUCAGGUUUGGCUACAGCCAGCUACUCCUCCCAAGGAAGGACGUACUGUUGGAGGCUCCUUACCUUGUCCUCAAUUUCGGCCUUUUAUCAUGGAGCAUGUUGCUCAGGAACUUAAUGGUCUGGAACCUUCAUUUCCUGGUGGUCAGAAUACAGUUGGGCUUGUAAAUCCAAGCAAUACCAACCCAAACUCUGGCUCAAAUAUUUCAAAUUCUAAUCGAGUUAAUUUGACUAGUGCCGGUGGAAUUACAAGACCUGCAACAGUUGCUGGUUUAAGCCGAAUGAGCAAUGCUGUUAUGGCAUCCUCGAAUCUAGCUGCUUUGAGCUCAGGCUUGCCUGUACGUAGAACACCUGGUACAGGUGUUCCAAUUCAUGUGAGAGGGGAAUUGAACACAGCCUUUAUUGGACUUGGAGAUGAUGGAGGGUACGGUGGUGGUUGGGUUCCCCUCGUCGCCCUUAAGAAGGUUUUACGAGGAAUUCUCAAGUAUCUAGGAGUACUAUGGUUAUUUGCACAAUUACCUGAUCUUUUGAAAGAGAUCCUUGGCUCAAUUCUCAAGGAUAACGAAGGGACCCUCCUGAAUUUAGACCAGGAACAGCCAGCAUUACGCUUCUUCGUGGGGGGAUAUGUCUUCGCUGUUAGUGUCCAUAGAGUGCAACUUCUACUCCAAGUAUUGAGUGUGAAACGCUUCCAUCAUCAACAACAGCAACAGCAAAACCAAGCUGGUGCUCAAGAGGAACUAACUCAUACUGAAAUAUCUGAAAUAUGUGAUUAUUUUAGUCGUCGUGUUGCUUCAGAGCCCUAUGAUGCUUCUAGAGUUGCGUCUUUUAUUACUCUUCUCACUCUACCAAUUUCAGUCCUCCGAGAGUUCUUGAAGCUAAUAGCAUGGAAAAAAGGAUUAUCGCAGUCACAAGGUGGUGAAAUGGCCCCAGCACAAAAACCUCGCAUCGAGUUGUGUUUGGAAAAUCACGCUGGGGUGAAUAUGGAUGAGAACCCCGAGAGUUCUUCUUCAACGUCGAAAAGCAAUAUUCACUAUGACCGUCCUCAUAACUCGGUAGAAUUUGCUCUCACUGUUGUCCUAGAUCCUGCUCAUAUACCUCACAUAAACGCUGCUGGUGGUGCAGCUUGGUUGCCCUAUUGUGUUUCUGUGAGGUUGAGAUACUCAUUUGGUGAAAACCCACGUGUUUCAUUUGUUGGGAUGGAGGGUAGCCAUGGAGGUAGAGCUUGCUGGUUUCGAGUAGAUGAGUGGGAAAAGAGUAAACAGAGGGUAGUUCGAACAGUGGAGAUGAAUGGAACUACAGGCGGAGAUGUUACACAAGGGAAGUUAAGAUUAGUUGCAGAUAGUGUUCAAAGAACACUGCAACUUUGCCUUCAGGGGUUGAGGGAGGGUAAUGCUGUCACUAUAAAUUCUGGGGGCACAUAAUCCAUCUUCCCGAAUCAAAAAAUAUAUAUAUUUUGUGUGCUUCAGAAGUUGUAAAAGGAGGGCGCAAAAGAAGGGUGUCCAUUGUAGAAGACCUGUAGGGAGGACUGUAUCUUAUUUCUAGGCAAGGGGAGUGUAAGAAAGAUUUGUGGUGGAGGAGAGCAUCCAUUUGUAAAAUUCUUUUUGGUCCGAUGACGCUAUUGUACAGCGAACACACCGAUUGGGCAGCAAAAUUAUGCUAAAAAAAGAAAUUUGUUGGCAGAUUUUUAUCUA